AUGAAACCUCCUAUCGCAUUAGUUGUCCUUGCCGCAGGCUUCGCAAGUGCUUCGCUCAAUUGCACCGCUCUCGAGGAUAUUAGCUACUAUUCAUGCGCGGACUCAACUUGCGACUUGAUGGGCACUUACAAGACCGGGUCCCUCGCUCAGUUUGGAUGUGCCUCUGAUAACUCGACCGCCACUGACCGAUGGCUCUGGAACUACAACGGCUAUUAUACUAAGUCCACUACACAAGUCGAGAACUGUACACUUAAUGGGCGGGAAUACCCGAGUACUGAUGUCCUGCCUCUCUGUAGUAAGGAUACGAUCGUCCUCAACAUUACGGAUAACGCACCCCUAAAGCCUUGCGUUUGCCAUGCUGCGGUGCCUUCUGGUACUCCUUUGGCUUCUAUGUUCCGGGUUUAA